AUGGUACUGAUCCAUUCUAAUAAAGACACUUUCUAUAAUGACUUCGAAUGUGUGACUGGUGUAUUAUUUAAUAAGUAUCCAAAUCCAUACGUCAAACAUAUUCUCUCAAUUGAUACUAUUGAUAGACAUCGAAGCAAUGAUGGUAAUAAAUUGUUUACAACAAGAUUAAUUAGAAAACAAGGGAAAUUGCCUAUAUGGGUGUCAUAUAUAAUUGGAGCUAGCGGUGGAUCAAAAAUUAAUGAAUCCUGGCUAGUUGAAUAUUCUGUAGUAGAUAGAUCCACGUUAACAAUGAAAACAUGUAUUAAAAAUUUGGACCAUGUCAAGUUGUUGCAAGUAGAAGAAAGAACUACUUAUCAAUGGAAUAAUGAAUUGAAAGCCACACAGGUGAAUAGUCGAGUAACAUUUUCUUGUAAUGCCAUACAACAAUUAAGUCUCAAGGAAAAAAUUGAAAAUAUGGCAAAAUCAAAGUUCGAAGAAAGCAUGAAAAGAUCCCGUUUAGGGAUGUCUUUAGUAAUGCAACGAAUAGAAGCCAUGAGACAAGAACAAAUUUAA